UCAUUUAUCGUCAGAACAAAUUGAAUACUUUAGUGGAAGAUAGAUGAUAAAAGUAGCAUCAACUCGAAGAUAUUAGCAAGUGAUGUCUUCAUAUCUAAUUGAAAUACUUGAAUUUAGAAAGCUAUAUUUUUUUAGCUGUGUUCUAGGUAACUCUAAAAGACACAUUUUAAAUCUUUUAUUAAAAUACAAUUUGUAGAUGCUUGAAUGAGUUGUUAACAGCAAAUUCUUAUAUCAAACUAGAAAGAAAAAUAACUACUACAUUGUGAAAUUAACUUGAGAUAAAAAAAUAACAUGAUGAGUUAAAACGGCCAAAUUUUAAAUCAAAAAGCUGUUGAACAAUAAAUAUACUGAAAAAUUAAAACGCUUCAAACAAUGCAUAUGAGAUUACGAACUUUGAAUUAAGGCCGAUAUUGAUAUACAUUAAACAUUUUUAUAUGCUUAUUUUUUUUAUUAAAUUUCUUAAAGUUAUCAUUUUUUAAUCUACAAAGCAUCAUUGAAACGUUAAUAUAUAACAAUAAACAACUAACUUUUUUAAAAAUAAAAAAAAUCAAGUCCAGCACAAAAUAGUAGAAUUGUCAAAUAGUAGUUUCAUUGUCUAAAUUGAUUAAAAUGGAGUUACAAGAGACAAGCUCAGAUGCACUGAAUGAAUCGAUGUGGCCGGAUCAUCUUCCAUCACCAUCGUAUCAACAAUUAUCACCGCCUGUUCAACAAAGCGGACGCAACGUCAUUACCUCUCAACAAAUAUCCGUGGGUUAUCAUACUCCGGAUGGUAGUAUUUUGUGGAAUGAAAAACGCGAAUCACCACAAAGUUCUCCGGAUACAAAUGAACCAUUACUUCAUUCCGAUGAGAUACGAGAAAAUUCACCAACAAAUGAACAAGCUUCAGCUUCUGGAUAUCAUCAGUUUAUGUCAAAUCGUAAACGACGAUGUGAGCUUAACCAAAUUGGUGACUUAGAUCGCAAAUAUAUUCGAAGAGAUGGUUCCACUGCAAGUAAUGUAUCGUUACAAGCAUGGUCUUCCAAGCAAGUUGAAGAAUUUGAACAUUUGGUUGGUUGUGGUGAUCUUGAUGGAUUGAAUGGUUCACUAUCUGCUAUUGGUACUAAUGAACUUGUUAAUGUUGUUGCAUCUUAUAACAUAAGUGAAGCUUUGUUGGCGCUACCCUCGUUGACAAUCUUCAAACAGGAAGCUCCUUCCCCGGAAAAUCAGAUCAACAAUCCAAAUUUGAAUCACGUGUCGCAACGGAAUCUUAAUGGAUCUUACCCAAAUAAUGGAAAUAUUGGUCUAUUAGUUGAACCAGAUAGUAAUAACAGCCUCAACAAUAAUACAAGUAAUAGUGUUUCUACAACGACAACAACUAUAACAUCAGCAACAACAUUACCACCGAAUAGCACUGGUAAUAAUCGAACCAACACUAAUUAUAGUAGUAACGCUCCAGGAUUUAAUUCUUGCAAUGGCAACAGUGGGCGAGAACAACCCACUAAUUUUAAUUCUUUACUAUAUUCAAACAAAGAUGAUUUUUCUAAUGGUCCGUCCGCUGGUAAUCAUGUGUCCUCAUCUCAACAAGAGUAUGAAUUUAAUGGAGAUAAUCGAUUUCAAUAUGUAUUGGGAGCAUCGACAAGUAUGGCAAUAAAAUUAGUUGAUGAAACAUUGACGUAUCUUAAUCAAGGCCAACCUUAUGAAUUAAAAUUAAAAAAACUUGGUGAUUUAUCAGCAUAUCGUGGAAGAAUACUUAAGUCAACGAUUAAAAUAUGCUUUCAUGAGAGGAGAUUGCAAUAUACUGAGCGUGAACAAAUGAUUGCUUGGCAACAGGCUAGACCUGGUGAGCGUUUGUUAGAAGUUGAUGUACCUUUGAGUUAUGGUGUAUUGGAAGUAACACAAAAUGCUUUACCGAAAAAUACUGUUGAAAUUACAUGGGAUCCAACUAAAGAAGCUAAUGUUUACAUUAAGAUAAAUUGUAUCAGUACUGAAUUUACGGCAAAAAAACAUGGAGGUGAAAAAGGUGUACCGUUUCGGAUUCAAGUAGAAACAUCGUUAUGUAAUGAUUUUCGAUUGCAUGCAGCCUCUUGUCAAAUCAAGGUCUUUAAAUUAAAAGGAGCAGAUCGUAAACACAAGCAAGAUCAAGAAAAAAUACGCCGAAAACCACCAGAAAAACAAGACUUAUAUCAACCGAGCUGUGAAUGCACUGUUUUAAGUGAAAUACCACUCAAUUUAUUACCACCAACAAAUUCUGGUCUGAACAGUCAAAUAAAUCCUAUUGUACCUACUGAUAUAACUUUAAGCCGAAGCUCGGGAAAUGGAUCACCUUCAGAUUCUGGGCCAGACGAUAUUAGUGAAGGAUCACCACAACAAAUACCAAGAACACUAUCACCAGCACUUAUUCUUCCAGAUCAAACAUCAAAUACUGAUAUAACAGUUGGUGGACCAUUUUCCCUUCCUGAAAAUGCAAAUUCUACACAAACAACGGCUUGGUUGCGUGCCAAUGGGUUUCAAACACUUGAAGCAACAUUCAGAGAUUUUUCAGCCGGUGAUUUUCGUUUACUGACUCGAGAAGAUUUAAUCCAAAUAUGCGGCUUAGUUAAAGGUAUUCAGCUCUACAACAGAAUUAAGUUACGAUUCCCAGAGCCAUUACGAACUUUAUAUUUCGCUGUGGAAAAUAAUGAAAUUCCAGUGUGGGAAAUUAUAUAUUUGCAUCAUUUAAAUAGUAAGAUUCUCAUUGCUGAAAUCUUGAAGAAAUUCAACCUUCUUUAUGAGCAUUUACAUUCCACUUGGGUUAGAGGACCACAUAAUAUUCGGAUUUCAAUUUCUAAUGAAGUUGUGGAGAAUAUGAAAGAUGAAAGUUUAUACUUAAUCGAAAUUAUAAAAGAUAUGCCUAACGACAGCUACAAACUUCUAUUAAAACCUUUUAAUGGUGACAACGAUGUUAAAAAGAAUGCAAGAAUUUCCUAAAUUUAAAUUCAAAUAAUUUAUCUGUCGGUAUAAUAUGCAAAACAUAUAUUUUACUAAUUUUUACGGCAAUACGAAAUUUAGUACCAACAACUUGUGUUUUUUUAUAAACGCUACUAUUCAGUGUAUUUGUUUUGGUGAUAUAUUAAUUUAAAUGACAAAUUAAUAAAUCGCAGAUCUAUUUUUAUAUCUCAAUCAAAGAACAGUGUAUCGUAUUAUAAAACAUUACUUUGAUUUGAGCUUAUUAAUUUGUAUUCUUAACAAGAGAUAAUUUGGCGGGUUUCGAUUUUUAAACUAUUUCAAAAAAUUUAUUUUCGUUAAAUAGUAAACUUUAAAAAUAUCGUUUUAGUUUAAUGUUUGAUAAUAAUGAAAUUGUUAUAAAUUGAACAAUUCUAGUGACUAAAGUUAACGAUAAAAAUUAAAUUUGUUAACUUUGCAUUAGAGAGUUUCAAUAGUAUAUUCCACGAAUAAUUUAAGAUUAAUUCUAUAAUCAUCAUUAUUUUAUCAUGGCUAUUUUUGUUUAUUAUUAAAAAAACAGAAAAAAAUUUUUUCUAUUGAAAUAAUUGUCAUUAAUGAAAAUUUUACUGUUUAUUAUCAAAAUUGUAUUUUUUUUUAAUUAUAUUAUUUUUUAUUGUGUUAUUUGCAUGCCAUUAAUACUAUUAAUUAUUUUGGUUACGAUAUUAGUGAGUAAAAAAUAAUUUUUAUAAUGGUAACAAUUCUAAAAUUGUCCAUUAAAUAAUUGCUUAUUGUUAUUACUAAUGAAAUGAAUUUUUGUUUGAUAAUUUAUAUUACACUUAUGAUCCAGCAUAUAUCAAAUUUAAUCUGAAAACUUUAUGUAUUAUUAAAAUAUUUUAAAACAAGAUGUAGAUAGUAUAAAUAAUGCGUAAUGAAUCAAAUUAAGUUCUGAAAAUGUAUUUAAUUAUAAAAUUUUCUGUAUUUAUUUAACAUGAAGUAAAUCUAGGGUUAACUUAUAAUUCAAAUAAUAUUUUUAAAAACUUCUAAAUUUUUAUUUGAUACUGAUAAAUAUCCGUAAUUUUGUAUAUUUAUUUGAAUCACGUGAUAUUUAAAAGUAAGAAAGUAAUAGUAAUUUAGUAUUAACGAAAUGUUAUAUUUUAUAUCUAUAAAUGAGACUUUGAAGUCAUUCUUUAAUAUAAUCUAAAUGUUAUUCAGGAAUAAAUGAUUAAAUGUUGCAAUUAUCGUCUGUAUUGUUAAUUUAUGUAGUUCAUAAUUUAUUUUAAAGUUAAUUGCACUACGAUAUUUUGUUUAUUCUUUACUUGCAAAAUUAUCGCUAGCAUUAUAAAUUGACAAAUGAUUAGGUCAUGCCAUUUGUCCCACGAUUACCGUGAAUUUAACAGUAAUUUAAAAAAAAAAUUCUUUCAGUGCACAUUGAUGUUAAUAAAAUAUUUUUAUCAAGUA